AUGCUUUUGAGGGACAUGAGUGAAUCCACAGUUCUGCGAGCGGAAGUGAGAACAGGCGCAUCAGUCAAUGCUUGCAUGAAAGAGUUUGCGAACAAUGCUUUAGCUGAGCUGAGAGCACCAGCUGCAGACGGUGACGGUGGCCAUGACCAUGCAGAUCGGGAUGAUGCGCAUGUAUCUGACGUUGACCUUGCUGACAUAUCUUAUGGCGGCAAAUGGAAUCUUGUUUUCAUCAGCGUGCGAGCUGACGCAACAAACAGCAAUAUCUGGAGACGUGAGAAGCUUCACGUUUGUGAAGCUCAGAUGGGCUUAGUUUGCAAACCUGUGAAAUCAUAUCCUCUUCAUGCUGAAGACUUUCUCCACACCAAGCGCUGCCUGCGUCAGCCUCAGCACCGGUCAGACCUCCAGGUUGUGUCUGGAAGUACAGCCGAGCAUUGCGCUGGGAUCAUGCAAAAGCAGUUGAACUCGAUUGGCGUGCCAUCGGUUGCUGAUCUUCUAGCGGAUAUGGACACGGAGAAGUCCGUGAUUGCCUACUUGGACACCACUGACAGAGGAACUGACCAGACGGCACGCAAGAAGCGGACUGCGUGCAGCGUGGGGUCAGUCGACAACCUGGUGUACAUUGCGUCCGAUUGUUACCUACACGUUUUCCACUCGGCGGUCCGCAGCGGCUUGGUGUUGACAGACUCACUCAUUAGUGAAUGUUUCAGCAAGGAGGUGCUGGGUGGCUUCGACAAGUACUACGCGAGCCUAGCCAAGCUUGUGAAUGUCUGGAGGGAAAAAGCAAGUCAGGUGAUGAAAGCGUGGGAUGAUCAUCACGGCUCCAAAGACGCUGAUACGAGGGCUCUUGGAUCACGGUAUCCGCUGAGUGUAUCCAGCGGGCGUUGGGGAUCGGUGGAAAAUGCUGAGGAAUUUUUGAUCGAGAGAGGACGUCCAUUGCUUGAACCUUGCAUUCUUCAAGCGCUAUCCAGCGCCAUGAAAGCUGAUGUUGGUGCACUCGCUGCUGAUGCUCCUGCCGAUGCCAGUUUCUAG